ACUCUGACUGCAAUCUUUUUUCGUAAGGGCACUGCUGCAACAUGACCAUAAACGUUGCAUCUGAAACAGCGCAGUGGAUUCUGCACAACAUCUCUAACAGGAUCAUUGAUAUAACCUAACAGUUAUGUCUCCAAAUGGAUAGAAACCUAGCUUUGGACACCCUAUUCCUAGUCCACUCCACUACUUUUGACCAAGGACCGCAUAGGGCUGAGUGGGGGGCAGGAUAUAUCGCUUCGGUGUAGAUUUCCUCUAAAUCAUUUACACAAUAAAUAUCCUACUACGGUACUGAUCAGUAUUCGAAUUGUAUAAUAAUAGCCAAAUUAUAUUUCGAAUCUUAUUUACAGUAAACGUACAGAUGUUUUGUUCAAAGAAAGGUCGUAAUUUCUCUCAUCGUUCCAAUGUAGAUUGUCCUACUACUCGAUCCGUAGGUUUGUUUCCGGAAAUUCAAUUUUUUUGUGUAUGCUUUUUGUGUUGGCUCUAACUAGAUAGCAAGCUAACUGCCAUCUCUCAUUAUCUCUGUUAUUUAUAUUUAUUAGAAUAGCUUCAUAUACAGUAACUGCUGCAUCUUAUCUCUCGAAAUGAUGAAAAACAUGUAUUACUAGGACAGUCACUGAGUCAGACAACAACUUCCAAGAGUAGCUAGAUUUGCUAGCCUGCUAACACAGAUAGAAGAGUUGGUUCCAGUAAAUUUGCUGCUAACGUUAGCUUCCUAUCAUUUUGUUAGAAUCGAUUGCAGGGCUGAUUCGCCUGUACAAAAGUAGCUAAACGUUACGAAUUCUUAACUGUAUUUAGUUACACAGACAGUUUGCCAUGAUGUCCGAAGCCAUCGUAACCUUCCAGUCUCAGCUCUCCGGAGUCAUGGAGACGGUAUUCAAGGCUGCUAUGUACGAGAUCACCAGGCUGGUGGACGAUAGCUUCAUGAAGGAAGUGUUCCGGAGCCGGGAGCAGGUCGAGUCGCUGAAGAAGAGGCUACAGUGGUCGGAGAACAGACGCAAGGAUAGGGACAGAGAGGGAGGCCGUAUCGGGAAGUGUGCGGACUGUGGAAGAGCUAACGCCGAAGCCAAGGAUAAAAGCUCUGGAGCCUCACAGACAGGUGCAGAAAGGGGGCGUGGCCUGAAGCAGGAGAAGGCACUGGGGGAGGAGUGGAGCAGCUGUGGGGGCGUGGCCGGGGAAACAGCCUUAAAUGACCUGGAGGAGGCCGAUGCCACCAGCCCUAGGAGAACCUCUGAGCCCGCAGACGUCGGAGGUCAGAAGCUGGACAGUCUGCUGAAAGAGGAAGCUCUCCACAACACUGAACUACAGGAGAGAUGGGGCGUCUGCCUGGACGGGGCCAACGGUUCAGACGUCUCGGGGAGUUUCAGUGAGCAGGAGCUGCAGCAGUGCCAGGAUGACUGGGGGUCUGGUCUAGACCAGGAUCCUGAACCAUCGGGUCCCGAGGGAGACUCAGGAGACCCCAGCCAACCUCUUUACCGCCCCCGCUACAGCAUGGAGCAACUGGGGGUCAGCUUUGAGAAGUCUGGUUACGGCAGUGGUGGUAGUGGUGACCAUCUUCUAGACAUGGAAGGGCUGGAUAGGCUUCCUGGUUCUCCGUCUCGUCUGGGGGGGCUGAGCUACGGAGCUGCGGGUCACUACCAGGUGAACCUGGGGGGGUCUGAGGGGGGAGACCAUCUCCAUCGCUCCCACAUGCCUGUUCCCCAUCGGAGCCGGGGGGAGCAGGUGGGGUCGCCAACGCCAUCCCCCCACCCGGAGGUGGGAGACCUGAACUGCCUGUUGAUCAACGAGGAGGGGUACCCUGAACACGGUGUUCCGGACUUGGGUAGUAGAACCGCCCACAGGGGGCUAACCUCCAUUCACUCUGGAAGCUCAGCCCACAACAACACAGAGAGCCUGUAUGGUGCUGCUGACGACUUUGGAUGCUGUUUAAACCUCAGCGAUCAUUCACAAGAGCAGGUAACAGGAGGAGGGGGGAGGCGUCAUGCCUGCAAUCAAUGUACAAUGACCUUCCCAGACUCUGGUUCCCUCAAGGCCCACAAGCAGAAACACAAAACUGGGAGAUGGUCGAAUUCAGGGUCUGGGACUCUGUACUCCCGCACCCAGUGCGGUAAGACCUUCACCCAGGCCUGCAACCUCAAGGUCCACCAAGCCGAGGGACGCCACCUCUGCAGCCAGUGUGGCAAGGGCUUCACCACCUCCUCCGACCUGAAGAGGCACACAUGCAGCCAGACGACAGACAAGCCCUACUGCUGCUCCCUCUGCGGGAACAAGUUCAGUCGGCUCUGGAACCUCAAGCUGCACCGGCGUAUUCACACACAGGAGAAACCCCACCGCUGCACCAUGUGUGACAAGAGCUUCACACGGGCCGACAUUUUGAAAGUGCACAAGCGCACCCACACUGGGGAGAGACCGUACUGCUGUUCUGUGUGUGGACUCCGCUUCAAACAACUGAACCAUCUGAAGUCACACCAGCACAAACACAGGCCGGAUCUCCUGAGCCGAGUGGUGGUCUAGAAAACAUUUUUUUUUUUUCAGUUUUAAUUUGACAUUGAGAAAAAAAAUUGGGGUAAUCAAUUGUUUUUUAAUAAGGACAUUGAUAAUCAAACCGUGUUAAAUAAGAAUGUAUGCCUUAAAUUAUAGACUAUGAAUUGUCUGUCAUAAUGACCAUGUCAACCCAACAAACAUUUGAAUAUAGUGCAUUCAUGUGCUUAUGGGAUGGUGUAAGUCUGCCGUGAUUGUGUUCAAUUGCUUUUGAUGUCAGACCAAUAAAAAGCUUGCUUACCAUUGACAAUAUGGUCAAACCUAUCCUAACUGAUAGAUUCUGUUAUGUUUUGGUUGAAAGGAUAGUAGUAAAAAUGUCACAACUCAGGGAACAAUAUUUUGUCAGUUUCCCACUUGUAAUUACGACCUGGAGGGUUAAGUCCAGCCCAGAUUUUUAUAUAAAAACACAUUACCGUAAUGCAACGAUACUGAACAAAAUGAUAAAGUAACAGUUUCAUUGAUUUUGAGUUAAUUCAUUGGGCUCUAAUCUAUGGAUUUCACAGCUGGGAAGACAUAUGCAUGUGUUCGUCACAGAUUUAAAAAAUGGCCGUCGGGAUCUCGUCAUGGUCUUUCUGUGCAUUGAAAAUGCAAUUGUGUCCGUAGCUUAUACCUGCCCAUACCGUAACCACACCAUGGAACUGUUUGACAAAACAUUUUAGAGUGGCCACAAGGUGUAUUUGUGUAAUAAUCAUGCUUCUUGAUAUGCCACACCUGUCAGUUGGAUGGAUUAUCUUGGCAAAGGAGAAAUGCUCACUAACAUGGAUGGAAACAAAUUAGUGCACAAUUUGAGAGAAAGGCUUUUUGUGGGUUGUUUUAUUUCAGCUCAUGAAACAUGGGACCAACAUUUUCCAUGUUGCGUUUAUAUUUCUGUUCAUUGUAGUUCAAAACCGCAGAAGAUAAACACCAUGACCUGAACACACUACACCUACAUUUAAACUUUUUUUAGGCUUCAAACUUUUCUAAUGAAUAGCAAAUAACCAGAAUUCAUGUUUUAAAUACAAAUAACCAACUCCGUCUCAACUAAAAUAAAACAAUUUUGUAAAAAAAAAAAAAAAA